CUAUGCGGAACUACUUUCUGUCACCAUUGUUUCUUCCGUUGCUGUUUUCCUGGUACAGAAACGUGUUUCGUUAGCACGCAGGAGGAACGUUUCUGAUCUCACUGGUGUUGGAGAGGAGCGCUUGAGGAUGAUCAUCCCGGUCCGCUGUUUUACCUGUGGGAAGAUUGUAGGGAAUAAAUGGGAAGCUUAUCUCGGACUCCUGCAGGCGGAGUACACAGAGGGCGACGCUCUGGACGCUCUGGGGUUGAAGCGCUACUGCUGCCGCAGGAUGCUGCUCUCUCACGUGGACCUGAUCGAGAAGCUGCUGAACUACGCUCCGCUGGAGAAAUGACGCUGCUCGUCUUUCGCUUCAGUCGUGUAUAGAUACGUUCCUCUGAUGUGUUGAUCGGACCCCCGAGCUUUGUGUUUAUUGGACUCAUUGCAGAACUUGUGUUUUUCUUUCUUAUGAUGUUUGAUUAAAAUAAAGUAGUAAAACAUC